GUUAAAAUAAUGCGUUUGGCCGUGCUGCCAAAAUUGUCACGCAAAGGAAAUAGUUGCGGUGGUCGUAACGCUAGACUCAACACCUCGAUAUCUCACGAAUUAUCAAUACUCUUCCGGCGAGCGAGACCUUUGUCUUGACAAUUCGGGCAUUAUUUGGCGACACGCGUAUCGCUUUAGUUUUGUAUCGUUCAUUUCUGGGGCUGUGGUGGAGUGUUUCUGUCUAUCUUUUUUUCGGAAUAGGAAUUCACCCCUAUUCGUCUCUGGUCCCACCUCUCAUCUCAAUGGCGGACAUUACUAUUUACCUCAAGCCUCGACCAAUAUCCCGAAAGUAUAAGCACUCCAACUACUUGCCAUUCAAGUAUUCCUUCAACUACGGGCCAUUCUUUUCCAAUCAUGGAUCAAUACCCUCCGAUGCUACAGAAGUAUACACUGUGCACUCUCCCGCUUUAUCUACUUCACUCUCCACUCUCUACAACGAUAUCUUACCUAGUCUCGAUGCCGAGGUUCCCGAUCCUAAUAAAUUACCUCGCUCUGCGUGGCCCGGCAUUCAUCGGCUUGCCGUGGCGAAGGUCGACUCUUCGUUUUAUUUCCAGCUCGAAUGCGAAAAUCAUAUCGUUCAAGUUGUCAAAGGCGACCGUGCUCCAGCUCCUCCACCUACAAGCAGGCGGAGAAUGGACUUGUCUCCUGAGUGGUACGAUAUAGUGUAUCCUACCCUGCUUCGAGGUGACGUCGAAUUGCGCGACGAGUCUCGGGAUACUGAAUUGGAAUUAUUCGUCUGGGCGUAUAUGUAUUACGUUGCAAAUGAGCGGGUCCAUAUCUGGAGAGGUUUGCGUCAGGAGAUGUAUCAGCUGACAAGGCUAUUUUUUGCUGCUCGUUUACCCUCCUCUUACUGUGAGAGACAUCACGGCCACCCUUCUUCCAUUGACCUUUCUUUCAUUAGCCGACAGUCUUGGUUUGUUCAACUUGGUCAGUAAGGGGGUAUUUCAAGCUACUUCUGCUAUUGCAUCCGUAUUCUCCACCGAGGCAUCAGUCGACGAAAAUGAGCCUCCACUUCUUUCCCCGUCUUCUAGCAACGGGUCAUCGGUUACAGACAAAAAUAAGCCUGGGCCACUUCCUUCCCCAUCCUCCAGUAAUGGCUCA